AUGGGCGGAGGCCAUAGAAGAUGCGCUUGUUGUUACCGAUGGGUGGCAGCUGGGGGGGCGGACGGGCCGCAUGCAACACUGCUCUCCCCGGCCAACCAGGUGCGGACUUCCCUCCCCCUGGCCUCCCUAAGGGGGGUAUCCUCUGCCACCCCCCCUCUGUGCUUUGGGUUUGGAUGGAGGGAGGAAGAGGAGGGUGAAAGGGAAAGAGGGUUGCUGGUGGGGGGGGCAGCGGGGUCGACAGCGUUCUGCACCACGCCCUUUGACGUUGUCAAGACGCGCCUGCAGACGCAUCUGGUGGGCAGUCCGCAGGCCAGCUCCGCACCUGCUUCUCCCACGCCAGCGUCUGCUCCCCUACGGAUUUCUGCCCCUACAGUAGGGGCAGAAAUCCGUAGGGGAGCAGACGCUGCACACUGCUCUCACGCAGCUGCUGUACCUCCUCUCCCCACUCCUCCCUCCACCAGCUUCACACCUGCUUCUCCUACACCCCUUUCUGGCCAUUGUUUGAGGAUCGACGAGCAGUGGGAAAAGGGGGUGCAUUUCGAAGGGAGAGGGCGGUGGGUGUGUGGUGAGGUGAGGGAGACGUUGGUCAGCAGCAGGCCACCAGUAGCGGGGCUACUGGCUGCUCAAGGUCAGGUGUGCAUUGCGCCGUCAGCAAGAAACAUCUAUAUCCCACCGUCUCGCCCUUGCCAGUAUCUAUAUUCUCUCAUGCUGUUCUCCGUCCCCAGCUACGUCGCCACCACUGCCAUCCUCUCUGCCACCAAUUUUGACCUGUUUGGCAUUGGAGUUUUGCCCCACCACGCCCUGCCCCUAGCUCUCAUUCUCGCUACCGUUUUGGGAGUUGGUGAGAAGAGUGCUUCUCCCGUCCCCAUUCUUCCGCCUCCCGCUCUUUCCUCUCCAACUCUCUGCCCCUCUCUUCAACCACCGCCUCGCCAUUCACCAUCCCCCCUACACGAGAACCCAAUAAUGGAGUGGUGCACGUGGCAUGACCUGCCAGAGACUCCGAGGCACGAGGAGCAGCUGAGGAAAGCCAAGCCAAGGAGGCACCAGAGGCGGCACGCGGUGCCGGGAGCAUUGUGCAUGUUGACUGGGAGGUACCUUCCUUUCAUUUCAUUCACCAGGCCAACCCUCUUCCCCUCAUCUUUCUGUCCCCUUCCCUUCCGCUUUCCCUCUUCUUGCUCUCCCAUUUGUCUCUCCUCCCCUUCCCCUUCCCUUCCCCUCUCAUUCCCCUCCUCCCCUUUCCCCUCCCCUUUCCCUCCCUUUCCCUCCCUUCCUGUCCCUUUCCCCUCCCCUUCCCCACUUCUUCCCUUCCCCUCCUUGCUCCCCUUGCCCUCCCGUUUCCCUCCGCUUUUCCUCUCGAAAAAAGGUGCAGAUGUUGCAGCUUUGUGA